GCCAGCCAACAGAAUUGUUUGUGCAUGGACAGCUAUGGAGAAAAUCAACAGAGAUAAUGGUUGUCUCUUUGUUAUCCGUGGGUCACAUAAAGGAGUUCUGGAACAGCAUGACUAUCCUGACUGGGAGAAUGGUGUGAAUAAGAUGUAUCAUGGUGUUAGAGGCUAUGAUGGUGUACCCAAGACAAUGCUGAGUAUGGAAAAGGGUGACACUGUUUUCUUUCACCCCAUCCUUUUACAUGGAUCAGGAGCUAAUCGUACCCAGUAUUACCGCAAGGCAAUAUCCUGUCAUUUUGCAAGUUCAGAAUGUGAUUACAUUGAUGUGAAAGGUACAACCCAAGAGAACAUUGCCAAGGAAGUUGAAGAAAUAGCUGUAACGAAAGGUAUCGAGGGCCUUAAUUUCAAGGACAUCUGGAAGUUCCGCAGCCGUUUAGUUCGUGGUGUGGAAAUCAACUUGUAAUGAAUGACCUAUUGUGUGAUUGUCUGUCAAGUGGAUAUAUCUCCUGUACUGACAUAAAUUCAUAGUUUACUUUAUACAUCAGAGUUGCUCAUUAAUGUGUAUGGGGAACCCCAGCUAAUACCUAAGCUGGUCUAAAUCAUAUCAUGGGUGGACAUCACUUUGACCUAACUUGGUGGACCUCACCACAACUCUGGCUGGCUCACUUUAUCAUGAGCCGGUCUUACGUUAAUGCAUAUUAAUAAGUUGUAAAAGGGGAUGUUGUUAUCACGAAAUUGUUAUUGUGUUGCAUAUUAACCAGUGAAUCUACUAUACAGUACAGUUGCCAGCAAAAGUUCUCCCACAGCCGUGUAGAAAGUUGUUGGAGAACUUUUGCCGGCAACUGUACAUACCGGUGUGCAUAUUGAUAAUACAUUGCAUAUAUACGUACUGCGUAUAUACUGUAUACGUACUGUACAUACAUAUAUUGAUAAUGCAUUGCAUAUAUACAUAUGGAUAAUACAGGAUACUUUUAUACAUAUACGUUUUGUACGUAUGUAUAUUGAUAAUCAGUUGCAUACCAGGUGUAUACUUUUAUAUAUUGGUACUGUACUUUUUUUUUUAAUUCCGGGAUUAGCCCACUUGGUCACAGGUCACUGACCCACGUCCGGGCUUGGGGGGCAAAAAGUAAUAAAAAUAAUAAUUGUUAAUAAAAGAAUAAUAAUAAUAAUAACAAUGUAAUAAUAAUAAUAAAGAACCAUAAAGAAAUACAAAAUGGGAAUAAAAGAUCAAAAGUGAGAAACAAUAUAUGUAUGAUGUUUUGUCAAUAGUAAGAGAAACAAUUGACCUGCAAUUACGUAUAUUGAUAAAAUACAUUGCAUAUAUACUUCUGUAUAUAGGUACUGUACUGUAUAUUGCUAAUAUGUUGCAUAUAUUUGAAGAAUU